AUGGAGGAAAAUAUAGAAGGCCUUGUAAUUACAUUGACAACAUCAUCAACAACAACGAACACAAAAUUAUCCGAUAAUCUCUGUUCCAUGAUAACAAAUCGUCUUCAAGAAUUAGAUAUUCAAUUUUUAUAUAAAUUCACCUCUGAAAAUUUUCAUUCGUUGUGCACACUCGAACAUUGGGCUUGGAAAAUAUUAAGUGGAAAUUCUAAUGAAUUAUUAAAUCAAUCGAAAUGCAUCAAAUUAUUUCAUAAUCUUGGUACAUUUAAUAAAAAUUUGAUUUUUAAUUCCGAUGAAAUAGAUUCGGAUAAAAAAGCUUCACUCCUUUUUCCUGAAUCAAUCGAUUUAAUCGAUGGUAUUUUCGCAAAAAUUCAAGAUAUCAACGAUGACAAUGAUCCAUAUUUUGAUUUGAUUAGUCUUUGGUUGGAUAAUCUUUCAUAUUUUAUUCAUGAACACACACAAUACAUAAUGUCAUCAAUUAUUACCGAUAUCGAUAAUUCUAUUGCACGUAAAUUCAUUAUGACUGAUCAAUAUAAAUUUUAUUUUAAUCAGUUACUGAAGUCAGACAUAUUACAAUCGACGUUUACGAGUAAACAAUUAUUCUAUUUGAAAACAUGUUCAUUAUCAAUAAAUGCUUAUUGUUUUUGUAAGAACCAAAAAUUUCCUUUUACUGGCGAUGAAAUUCUUCGUUAUUUUGAAAAAGAUUAUUUAAAUAUAAUUUAUCUGAACAGUUUUAGUGUUCAAUCAUGGACCAAAGAAUUACUUUCUUGUAUUACACAUAUAAUGAGUUUUAUUUGUGCAUGUUGCAGUUGGGAUGAUGAUAAAGCUAAGAAUAUUGAAAUUCUAUUACCAACCGAACAAAUCUCUCAUGAAUAUAUCAGUUCAUUGAUACGUAUAAUUAGUUAUAAACCAUUUCAUGAAAAACUUCAAAUUCAACGAUCCAAUGAUGAAACAAUUCUCAUCGAUGUUAUUCUGACCUUUCUAUUAGCUUCAUUACAUACACAUGAUACACUUGCUUUCUUACGUUUUGAAACUAAUCUAUUAGAAAUACUUUUACCAUUAGCUGAAACAGUGAAAAAUAAUCGUAUUAGUUCAUGUACCUAUGGAUUACUAGGUGAAAUAUUAUGUGAUGAACAUUUAAAAGAAGUUAAAAUAACGAAUAAUCUUUGUGAAUAUUUCUUCUACAUGCUUGAACAAGCUUGGAAUCAUCCGAAACAAAAAUCUCAGCAAAUAUUAGUUUCACAAUUGCUACGAGGAUUUCUAAGCUUAGCGAAAAAUGAUGCAAUACAACAGAAAAUUGCUGGGACAAAUAAAGUUUCACUGCUAAUCGAAAUGUGUGAUCAAUAUCCAAUAGUAUACGAUAUUCUAUGGGCACUCUCGUUCCAUCAUGAUAUUCAACAACAACUUCGAUCUAAUCAAACGUUAAUGCUCAGAUUAAAUCAUUUAAAACAAGAAUUACAUCAUGAACCCAUGGGGAAAAUUACUUAUGGAAUAUUGUGGAAUUUAAAAUCUAUGUAUGAAUAUCGUGAUGCAACGGAUAAAGCUGAUGAAACUAUGUUCGAUAUUAUGAUUAGUUAUUCUCAUAAAGAUAAAGUAUUCUGUAAAAAAUUAUAUGAUGAAUUGAUUAAAACUGGCUAUCGUGUAUGGAUUGAUUUUGAUCAAAUACAUGGAAAUGUAAUGGAUGCAAUGGCACAAGCUAUUGAACAAUCGAAUGCAAUUAUUAUUUGUAUGAGUGAACAAUAUCGAAGAAGUAAUUAUUGUCGAGCCGAAGCAACUUAUGCAUUUCAACGUCGAGCUCGAAUCGUUCCAAUUCUUCUUCAAGAACAUUAUCAACCCGAUGGUUGGCUACUAUUUCUUGUUGGUCAAUUAAUUUAUGUAGAUUAUACGAAAUAUGAAUUUUUACAAGCCAUGGAAAUGUUAAUUCGAGAGUUAAAAGCUCCUGUUGUACAUGAUGAUAAUGUUUUACGGGUUGAAUCUAGAGAAGAUACAAGUAUAAUGAAUUCCAGUUUGUCAAUAACUCGACGACGAUCAAUAUUUCCAGUACUUUCAGAAAAUAUUCUUGACUGGACUCAGACUGACGUUCGAGAUUGGUUAAUUGAUCAUAAUCUUACACAAAUGUCUCAUCUUUUGUCGGACUAUAAUGGACCAAGUUUAAUCAAUUUUUAUAAAUAUCUAACAACAGCUGAGUCACAUCAAAUUUUAAAAUUACUUCAAGAAGAUUCUCUACGACGAACAAAUCAAAGUUUAUCGAUUGUUGAAUUGGCUCGUUUACAGAAUCUUAUAGAUCAACAACAAAAACUUGUUCAAUUGAAAAAAGAUACUGAAAGACCCAAUAAAAAGACUAAUAAACGUAUACGAAAUCAACUUAAUUUUUGUAAAAUAAUUUAA